GUAACCACAUCCUCACCGAUGACGCUGCGCUGAAGCAUAUUGACACCAAUAACGGAACGCGCCCAGGUUCAGUCUAGAAACACCAAAGAACUGUCGAAAAAUGACCUGGUAUCUCAAUUACGCCUAUCUUCUGUAGGAAACUCCGAAUUAAUACCGAUGAAAGCAAUUUCUUUUCUGAGUUAUAUCCGCUGUAGAGCAGGGUUGCUGGUGCUGUCAAUGGUGACCACAAGGAAAUAUUGAAUGGUCCUCCUUGUUCGUGCGGCACGUGCAUCACAAUGGCAACGCGAGUUUGGAUGAUUUUUCUUACACUCUGGGGCUCAAUUCUGCUCACUACAUGGGGUUGUCAGCCCUCCUGCAGCACUGACUACAUCUCCUCACUCAACUGUUCCUGCACAGAACAUUUGCCCUCUGACUUCUCAUACUACAUCGUGGCUCAUUGCUGGGAUGAUUCGGACACCAUGAACGCGAACGUGAACGCUAACGUGAACGCGAGCUGUGAGAUCACAUCCCCCACACCCUGGUGCGUACUAGAACUGGACUAUGAAUUCAGCAUCGGAUUGGACACAGUAUGCAAAGUGUGGGGAACACCUGCAGACGACGAGUGGACAACAAGCCCGAAUAGCUCAGUAUACCUUGAAAUCGCCAGGCAUGUGAAGCCGCAGUCACCUUUCAAUGUGCUGCUGCGGGAAAAUGACAGUAACUUCAACAUCUCAUGGGAAAUGGUCUACACAGAGGACAAGAACUUUUACUUGCAUGAUAUGCUGAUGUACAGAGUCAGGCUAAGGCCAGGAGAUGGUUCUAGCAAGGUUCCUACAUAUUACACUUUAAAUGAAGACCAGCGGUACAUGGAGAUCUCCUGCAAUAACUUACAAGGAGGCAAAAAGUUUAUGGUGGACGUUCAGGCCAAGCCAAGCCAACUUUUUCAGGAAACAUCUUACUGGAGUGAAUUCAGUCAAACACUUGAACUACACUGUAAUGAAGCAGAGAAGACAAUAUACCAGAACUGGAUGUACCUUUUCACGCUAUUGCUUUUGGUGGCCUGCGCCUGCAUCUGCUACUUAGGACGAAAAAGAGUGUGGCUGAUGAAGGUGUGUGUGUGCAGCUACAUCCCGAGCCCCGAGGAUUUCUUCAAGCCCCUCUACCGCAUGCACGGCGGGGAUUUCACGAAAUGGGUAGGCCCCACAUUUGUCUUCGGUGAGUUCGACUUCAUGGAGAAGAACAUGGAGGUGGUGAGCGGGAAGCAGCUGAGCUCCACGCUGAAGUGUGAGAAGGAGACCGAGGAGAGCGGUGGCAGGUACGGCAAGGGAGGGAAGUGCUCCAGCGGCGGCUUUGCCACCAAUGCUCCAGCCCAGAGCUCCGCCAAGCAGAGCCUCCUAGCGGGAACCAACAGCAGCCAGGACACGCUAAUCUCCAGCGGGCUAAUCUCCAUCAACACGGUCACGGUGAUCGGAGAGGAAACCGGCUGGGACACCUAUCGUGACAGCUGCCCCUACCCAGCCUUCAGACUGGGGGAAAACCCCAACAAGGAAGAUGAAGACCAGCUGACCGUGGAGGCCACACGAGGAGCAGCAAUCUCCAGUGGUCACACAUCAGGUGGCGGUAGGAUCUCCACAGAAUUGUCUGGCCAGCUGAGGCUCUUCAGUUUGCCGUGGAAUCUGGCCUCCAGAGGCAGUGAGGUUGAGCAGCUCUCACUAGACUCCUUCAGCUCCACUGAGCGUUCAGAGGAUGGCUACCCCAACGUUGUUCUGGACCUUGACACUAUUGACAGUGGAUUCCUGGAGUCGGAAUGCAGUAGCCCUGUACAGUCUGACUUCAGCAACAAGGAAGAAAUUGAGGAAGUUGUCAUUAAUGUGCCACAGCAUUCACGCACCAACUACGUCAAGCAGUGGGUGAAUGCCAACUCAGCCCCAGAUACUCAGGCCGACGUCUGAGUGACGGACAUGAAAUUAUUCUGUACCCGUCCCGAGAUCUGUGUCUCGAUACAAUUCUGUCUCGGAGGUCUACAGACAAUUGCUUGGACUUCAUGGCUUGGAUUGGGCUCUGACAGGCGCGGUCAACUGUGGGACCUUGUGUGUGCCUUUCCUAAUCAUGUCCAAUCACCUGAAUUUACCACAGGUGGACUGCAAUCCGCCGAAGGAUGAUGAAUGGAAACAGGAUGCACCUGAGCUCAAUUUCGAGAGUCAUGGCAAAGGUUGUGAAUACUUAUGUACAUUGUUCAUUUUAAAUAAAUUUACAAAAAAAAAUAAAAAAUUCAAGCAAACUC